UGAGGAAAUGGGGGAGGAUUAGGCCCGCUGCUCCCAGCAUGCCCCGCGCAGCAGGGCGGGGCUCCCGCGCUCUCCCCUGACUGGACCGCGGGUGCCCAAUGGCGGUACCGGCGCCGAAUACAAGUGCGGGCGGAGGGGCACGGCCGUAAGCCCAGCGGCGCGAUGGCGGCGGACGCGGCGGCCUGCAUGAAGUCGCUGCUGCUGGCCGCCGCCCAGUACCGCGCCGCCAGGACCGGCCCGCACGCAGCGCAGCUGCAACGCAGCCUCGAGGUUAUCUUUGGACUGAAGCUGACCCACUUGUUUGUAUCAAACCAGAUACUGCCAAGUGAAUGUCUGUCCUGUCUAGUAGAGCUUAUUGAAGACCCAAAUAUAAGCUCUUCUCUAACCCUUUCUGUGGUUACUUUGCUUUCACAAUUAGUUUCAGACAGUGAGGCCAAGGAGGCUCUUCAGAAUACUUAUAAUCUGACUAGCGUACUGGCAGGAGUGGUUCAUAGAAGCUCUACCAAUCCAAACAAUCCAGUUUUAUUACAGAGUAUUCAGCUUCUGCAGAAAUUAACCUAUAAUGUCAGAGUGUUCCAUGCCAGUGCUAAUACCGAUGAAUUAAUUUCAUUCCUACUGCAACAUGUUCAAUCAGCUGAAGACGGGUUAACAAUACCAUGUUUAGGACUCAUGGCAAAUCUCUGUCGACACAACCUAUCUAUUCAGGCUCAUAUAAAAUCUUCGAACAAUGUGAAAGGUUUUUACCGUACCUUGAUAAGUUUCUUGGCCCAUAGUAGUUUGACUAUGGUCGUGUUUGCACUUUCGAUUUUAUCGAGCCUUACUUUAAAUGAAGAAGUAGGGGAAAAGCUGUUUCAUGCUCGAAACAUUCAUCAGACUUUUCAGUUAAUAUUCAACAUUCUUGUAAAUGGGGAUGGGACUCUGACAAGAAAAUACUCUGUUGAUCUACUCGUGGAUCUCCUGAAAAAUCCCAAAAUUGCAGAUUAUCUUACUAGGUAUGAACAUUUCACCUCAUGUCUCAGUCAAGUACUAGAUCUUCUUCAUGGAAGGGAUCCUGAUUCAGCAUGUAAGGUCUUGGAAUUACUGCUUGCCUUUUGUUCUGUGACAGAGCUACGUCAUAUUCUGCAGUUGACAAUACUGGAGUCAGCUGCUUUUCCAGUCUCUGGAAGGACCAAACUUGCCACCCGCUCUAAAUCUUCCAGGCCUUCUGUUGAUUUAGUGCACUGGUCAAACCAGCCAUUGGAAGCAUCUGAUAACUGUUCUGUUCUAGUUUUGGAAUUGUUCAAGGAGAUAUUUGAGGAUGUUAUUGAUAGUGGCAACAGCACAUCAACAGAACCCUUCUUAGAACUUGUGCUGCCUGUUCUCCUUGAUCAUCUUCAGAUUCCAGAACAGGUUGUGGAUGAGAUGCUAGUGAAGAAGAAAUGUGAAAGAAUGGUCAAAGCUAUUGAUGUCCUGCUAAUCCUCUGUGGAGAUGAUGCGUUGAAACUGCAUGCCUCGAAGAUACUGACUGCCAACAGAUGCACAUUUUUAAUAGAACACCAGUUUGCAUAUAGUGGAACUGAUAUUGGCUUUGGGACAAAGGUAGUGGACUCUGAGAUGUGCAAACUUGCUGCUGAUAUUGUUUUGAAAACACUUGACCUUAUGAGCAGACUUAAGCAGUUGGUGCCCAGCAUGGAAGUCAGUUUCUACAAAAUUCUUCAGGAUCAACGUUUGAUUACACCUUUGGCUUUUGCUUUAACAUCAGACCACAGAGAACAAGUCCAGGCUGGUCUUAGAAUACUAUUUGAAGCGGGACCGCUACCAGACUUUCCUGCCAUAGUACUUGGUGAAAGCAUUGCUGCAAAUAAUGCAUACAAACAACAAGAGGUGGAGCCCAUGUCCAAAAGAAUCCAUAUGCAAUCAUCUAUGACCAAUAUGACCUCAAUGAAGUGCUCUACUACCCACUCUACAAGUGAUGAUUCAACAACUUCGAACAUCCAGGAGCUAAUACAGAAACUUCAGUCUGGACUAGAGGUGAAGGAACCAGUUACUGAUGUGAGGAUAUCUGACAUAAUGGAUGUCUAUGAACAGAAGCUUUCUGCAUUAGCAUCCAAAGAAACAAGGUUACAAGAUCUUUUGGAAGCAAAGGCCCUAGCCCUUGCUCAGGCUGACAGGCUGAUUGCACAGUACCGCUGUCAGAGAGCCCAAGCUGAGGCUGAGGCAAGAACACUUGCUGCAAUGCUGAAGGAUGCAGAACGAAAAAAUGAAGAACUCAAUGUACUACUGAAAGCUCAACAGGUAGAAUCUGAACGGGCACAGAAGGAUAUUGAACAGCUCUUCCAGCACAAUCGAAAGUUACAAACUGUGGCUGAAGAACAUGAGAUACUGAAAAAAUCUUCCAUUGAUCUUCUUCAGAAGCAUGAAACCAUGGAGAGACAAUAUAAAGAUCUGCAGGUUACAUGCAAUUCACUCAAUAAACAAAUUGAGGCAAUGAAAAAUCUGAGUGAAUCGCUCAAGCAACAGAAUGACAAAACUAUAGCACAGUUGAUGGAAACAGAAAGUCAUAGAAAAGAAUUAGUGAAUCAGCUACAGGAGAGAGAUGGUACAAUAUCAAGCUUGCAGCAAAAAAUAAAGAUUUUGGAAGAGAAACUUAAAGCCCGGCAGAAAGAAAAAACAGAUAUGGAAGAAACCAUUGGCAUUCUCAGAAAAGAAUUGGGUAAAACUGAGCAGGCAAGAAAAGAAUUGAGCAUUAAGGCUUCUUCCUUGGAAGUGCAGAAGUCCCAAUUGGAAGGGCGUUUGGAAGAAAAGGAGGCCAUAGUGAAGCUGCAGCAAGAAGAACUGAACAAACACUCACAUAUGAUAGCAAUGAUUCACAGUUUAAGUGGUGGCAAGCUAAGUGCAGAAGCAGUAAACCUUAGCUUAUAGGUUUUGAAUUAAGGUUUAUUUAGUGCAACUUUAUGUAUUUUGUUUAACUAGAAAGUGAAUAUGUGAUCUGGCUCAAAUAUUAUAGGCCAGUUAAAACUGGCCCAAUUCUGAACUUGUUCAUUAAAGAAAAAAAAUUGUAUUGCUCAUCUAAAGAAGCUUUGGCAUGAAAAACCUCAUCUGUGUAGAAAAUGUCUGUGAUUGCUUCUGUGGAGAUUGGUGGUCAAGGGGCCAAACCCAAGCUGAAUUAAGCCUGUCUUAUGGUUUGUUGUUUUUUUUUAAUAACUAAAUCUCAGAUAUUUUGGUGGGAAAAGGAGGAGAUGGUCAGCUUGGGAGAAUAACAUGUGAGAGUUCAGUAUAGAAAGGUUAAGAAGCACUCUGCUUAUAUUUCCAUCUCCUUUAGUUCAUAUGUUUUGACUCCACCUUCAAAUACCAUUUGGAAAUCUACGUUGCAUAAGUAUUGAAACAAUGUCCAUGGUACAAACCCAGAAGUGAUUAAAGUUCUAUGAAUUAAAAGGUGGUACCAAUAUCAAAAGAUGCAUGUUACAGUAAAAAACUAUCUGAUAAAGUUUAAUUUAAAUCUUUUUAAUUUAAAUCACUACAAUAAUUGAACUUAUUAAAAAUACCUAUAACGAUUUGUGAAAAGAGGUGAAGUUGAGAAAAUGUAGAAUUCAUAUUUGUCUAGUUUACGGAAAAUAGUUUUGAAAUAGGAAAGGUAUAUUUGUAGACUAUUAAACAUUUCUUUAUGCUUUUUCAAAUACCUUUUUAAAUGCUAUCCAUUAUAUUAUUCCCUCUCUCACUUGGUUUGAUUGUUAAAAUGAUCAACAUGUCACUUGUCAGCUUGGCAGUUGCUGAUUUUUCCAGCAUUGUCAGUGUUGCAUUGUUUUAAACAGGAUUUUGUAUACUGUUUUUUAAGCUUACAGUAAAAAAUUUUCACUAUUUUCAUAUAAAGAAAAUUUUGUACUUUUUAAGCAAAAGGCUUUUUUAUUUAGAAAUGCUUUUUCCUUUCAUGGUGGAACACUUUCUUCUUAAUUUACUGAAAUUGGAUGUGAUGGGGGAAUAGCAUGUCUCCUAGCUGUAAAAAUAAAAAUCCUGUCAAUGUUUGUGUGCAUUUAAGUGGAAGAACCAUAAUAGUGAUCUAAUACGUAUCAUAGUUGUAUUAUUUCUACCAUCAUUUGAUUUGUAUUUAUUUUUUUGCACAGGUCAGAUUUUAAUAUUGUACCACAGGUGUUAUUGAGAUGCCUUAUUUUUCAACUGUAUUUAUGGUGCUCUCUCUCUCUCUCUCCUGUGUGCAUGAUCUCCAGUACUUCAGACCUAUUUGUAAACUCCCGCUUGAAUAGUGGCUGUUUUUUUAACCUGUUCAUUAAUUGUAUAUUUAUUGUGACUUAGGUGUGCUUCAGAUUUUAAAGUAUCAUUGUUCUUCAUAAAGAGAAGAGUAAUAAAAUGA